UCGUUACAAGACAGAAAUGGAUGGAGGUGCUGGUGGAGGUUUGAUUAAAGUUGUGUUUUAUUGUACAGUUUAUGCGAAUUCAGAAGCACAUUGAAAUAAAAGAAACAUGUCUGGAAGUAGUGAUUGUGAGGAAUUUUAUGAUGCAGAAGAUUUGACACCAAAUCGUUCUUCAAGGAAAGGCAAAGGAAGCAGGGAAGUACAAAUUGCACGAACGGAUUCAAGCGAUAAUGUGUCGGCAAAAGAGAAUGAACCAGAAGUAAAACCAGACCUAGAAGAUGACAGUGCUGACCUACCUGAAGUUCCACAAGAGUGUGUUGUAUCUGCCUUGGAUAAAAAUGAAAGUGUUGAUAUGGAGAAGAAAAUUACUGGAAACCAAGGCCGUCGUCGGUUCCAGGAGCUUCGACAGAGAAUGCAAACAGAUGAUGAAGAUACAGGGCUAAACAAUACUUCACCUCCAGAUAGCCAGACUUCAUCAGUUGAAGGAGUAUUUGCUGUACCAAGCAAGACAUCGCAUCCAUUCCGUAUUAUUGAACAUGAUACUGUGAGCCUUCAGAGCAUGACGUCACUUGGGCGUGUGGGCAGAAUACUCGGAGGCUCCAUUGAUAAUACAGUUGGCACUAUUGGCCGUGACAGUGCGACAUUACCACCAGCUGUGUUGUCUACAACAUCAGGUGGGAAAGAUGAUGAUUCAUUGCCAGAAACUGCAUCCUUAACGUCACAGAGUUCGCAUAACUUAUCUACUGAUUCUGCUCUGGCAGCAGCACAGAAAUAUCCUAAAAAUGACAGAGAAGGAACAUCAAAAAUUUCUCAGUCAUUUGAAAAAGAUGAAGCGUCACAGUCAUUACUAGUUACUGUUCCUUUGCAAGAGCCGGACGUAAUAGCAAGCACAAAGAACACAAACACUUGUAAUAACAUUAAUGGGAAGAGCUUUGAUGGAGGUCUAGAAUCAUCUGUCCCGGUUCCAGUUGCGCCGCCAAGACGAAAGAAGAAAAGUAAACCCCAGACACCAAGAAAUCUCACUCCACCACCACCCACAGAAGAAGCAUAUCCACAGUCAUCACCUCUUCCAAGCCCAGCCAGCACAAUUGAGUCAUUGACGCGAGAGUUUGAACAUUCAUUAGACAUUAGGUCUGCAACCAAAGGGCAGUAUGUGGUGAAACCACAAGAUGAAGACCGUGCAAAAGCAGAAGGUCCAUCAUCUGAAGAGCUUGAGCGAUUGGAAAGACUUAAGGCUGAGCUCUUAAGUGCUAAUUCAAGUCAGGCAUCUGGAAGUCCAGUAGGCUCUAUCAGUAGCAGCAGCAUUGGUCGUACAAGUGGGGGCACUCGUAAGAAAGGGCUGAGUCCAAGAGGUUCAAAAGAGAGAAGGCGAUCAGCUGGUGAUGAACAAGGAAUGAUGUCACAGUUAAAUAUGCUUGUGAGAACACGAACUGACUCUGGAAAACAGCUUAGUGAUUUGGAAAUCUUGGAACAAGUAACAGUUCUUAACCUGGAUACAGGAGAACGUGUGCCACUAAGUAUAGCUGAGGACAAGUUACCCCAGUGCAUCAACCCACUCUCCUUGCAUAUUAUGCGGCUCACAUCUGAGUAUGUGAGCAACUCAAGUUUGGAGAAGGGGGAAAAGGAAUCAGAUGAGGAGAGUGUGGAUAGUAAGAAAUUGGAAGUACCAUCUGGUGAGGAGGUUGAUGUUAAUAAAAUAAGUCGUGCAGCGCAGCUGAAAAAGAUUUUUGGUUCAAAGUUGAAGAAGACAAUGAACAAGGCAAAAUCAAUUGCUCAGGAAGUCUCCCAUGCUCGUCACAAGGAAGAUGUAAUGGAUAUUGUGGAUGAUGUUUAUCCCGGGGAGCAAUAUAUUAAGUUAAAAGCAUCAGGAAGUCAUAAGGGCCCUUAUGAAUUUGAUAGCUUGCAGCAUGUUCAGGAUCUUGUUGGAGAGCAUGUUGGUCCAGUUUGGUGCAUGAAAUUCUCUUCCUGUGGGCGGCUUCUGGCUACAGCUGGUCAGGAUCAAGUUCUGCGCAUAUGGGUAGUCCGAAAUGCCUUUGCCUACUUCCAGGACAUGCGGACAAAAUAUAAUGCUGAGAAGGUUUCACCAACACCAUCUCAAGAAUCAUUGGUCUCACAACAUUCAGCUGAAGAUCCAAAUGCUGCAUAUGCUGAUCUAAAAAGUGAUGACCAAAGUCCAUUUAUGCCCAAACCAUUCUGCACUUACACUGGUCAUACAUCUGACUUACUGGAUGUAUCAUGGUCAAAGAAUUAUUUUGUUUUAUCAUCGUCAAUGGACAAAACUGUAAGACUGUGGCAUAUAUCAAGGAAAGAGUGUCUGUGUUGUUUCCAACAUAUUGAUUUUGUGACAGCCAUUGCUUUUCACCCUCGGGAUGAUCGGUACUUCCUAAGUGGGUCCUUAGAUGGGAAGUUGCGUCUGUGGAACAUACCUGACAAGAAGGUGGCCGUGUGGAAUGAGGUAGAUGGCCAGACUAAACUCAUCACUGCAGCCAAUUUUUGCCAAAAUGGUAAAUUUGCAGUUGUGGGAUCAUAUGAUGGUCGUUGCAUUUUCUACAACACUGACCAACUUAAGUACCACACACAGAUACACGUCCGGUCAACACGAGGAAAAAAUUCGACUGGGCGGAAGAUCAGCGGGAUUGAACCAAUGCCAGGUGAAGAUAAGAUUUUGGUCACUUCCAAUGAUAGCCGAAUUAGAUUAUAUGACCUCCGUGACCUCAAUCUCUCUUGCAAAUACAAAGGUUAUGUAAAUGUAAGCAGUCAGAUAAAGGCCAGCUUUAGUCAUGAUGGUAAGUAUAUUAUUAGUGGGUCUGAAAAUCAGUGUAUCUACAUCUGGAAGACCCAUCAUGAUUACUCAAAAUUUUCAUCAGUUCGACGGGACAGAAAUGAUUUCUGGGAAGGAAUCAAAGCACAUUGUGCAGUGGUUACAUGUGCUGUAUUUGCUCCAAACCCAGAUAACAUCAUUCGACAGAUCAAGGAGCAAGAGGGAACAGCAGAUGCUAGCCAGAACCUGCGUGUGGAAGAUCCUGUGGUAGCUCAACGUACCAAAGGUUGUGGGGGUUAUGUUCUUAUUAGUGCUGACUUUAAUGGCUGCAUCAAAGUUUUCCUUAAUAAAAUGAAACCAAAACACAGUUCAUUACCAGCCUCAGCUCUGGCCUAGGCAUUUAAUAGAUAUUUUUUGGAGGGUCCAUAUGAUUAUGGACCUAGCACUUAACAUGUUGUAUACAGCUUUUUCUGUCUCUGUGAAUAACUUGCUCAAAUAAUAAACUUACAGCUACCAUAAUUUAAUAUGUAUAGAACAUAGACAUGAAGCUUUCAUCUCAUAUGAAACUGAUUUUUGAGCUCAGAAUAACUUACAGUUCAAGCUGUAUGAAGAGGUUAUUAUACAAGUUACAUCUUUAUUUACCUCUGUUCAAAAAUAUAUUUUCAGUAUAAAAUAACAUAAAUUCUCAUUGAGUGCUGGGUGUGAUGAAUUCAAAGAAUUUUGUGUUAGGUAUUAUACAAGGCAGAGUCAGUAAAUAGGUCACUAAUGGAAGUUAAACGUCUUUAAUGGACGUAAUAGGUUUUCUGUGUAUCAUUAGAUAGCAGCACAGCCCAGCUUCAUGAGAGUCUAGGUAGCAGACGUUCAUGCUCAUAUUCAGAUUCUGGUUUCAGUAGUGAAAAUGGCGAACGUGCUUGAGGAGUGUACUACCAAAGAGCAGAGUUCUGUUUUGGGCUUUCUGUGGGCAAAAGGGCUCAAUGCAAAGAAUAUUCAUAAAGAAAUGUUUCCUGUUUAUGAUUGGACGCCUUUGUGAAGUAAAGCAGUUCCACUUUGGUGGCAAAUAUUUCACUGAUGGCGAAGAGGUUGAAAUGGAGAUGUGAAUGUGGCAGAGACAACAGUCAAAAAGACUUCUGUGCUGUGGGUUAGUUUAUCAACGUUCGUGGAUGCUAUCGUCACGUAUAGGGUGGUACGUUUGACGAGAAUGACGGGUUCUUGUUCGGAUGAUUGGAUUUAUUAGCACCUUGGUUACAAUCUCUCUUAAUCACACUUAAAUUACAGUACUAUCGCUGGUUCCAUACACACUAGUCCUAUCCUGGUAAUGCAAUUGAAACACCGGAACAAGCCCUUCAAAUCGCUCCGAAUAUUACACAUGAAUAAAGUCUUCUAAUCACACAUGAAGCCUUCAUAAGACAAACUUUCACCGAGAACUCCCUCACUGACACUUGAAAAUUGAAAUCUAUUCUGUCUCUGUCAUUAUAUAGCCUCUGCAUCAACCACACAGAAAACAGCCUCUAUUGUUGGAGAGGAAUAUUUACUGCGACAUUGCAUAGGCACGGACUCCAUAGAAAGCCAGUCAUGUGAUAGCUAUCUCGUUAGCCCAUUGGUGCGCUGACUGUUGCCCAGCAAAAACUAUAGACAUUCAUCCUAUUGUUGAGUGCGCUUAUGUGACUGAAGGUUGUUUGCAGGUCAUUGCCUAGAAACGCUCUGGUCAUCCAUGUUACAAUAUGUUGAGAUUUUUAUUGUGUGUGGGGUGGGGGGGGGGGUUCCAGUAUCACAUGUUCUACGUUUUAUAUCCAUCUGUGACCAACUUACUGACUCCCUCAUAGUAUUAGGUGUUAUAAUAAUUUUUUCAAAAUACUGUGUAAUUUGAACUGAGUCUUGGAGUGAAGGUUGUAUGUGACUGUUGUGUUUUAUUUCUUAUGAAAAUUUAAUUAUUUUAUAUUUUGUACAGUGUAUUGAUUGUGAUCAGCUAUUACCAUCACUAAUAGCAUGACUUCUCAGCAGUCCAGGCACUUAAUUCAUUAGGAUGGAAGAUGUUUUAGUUAGAUAGUUUCCAAAAAGCUCAGACUAAAAUGUGUGAAUUGACAGUAAUUAUGAAUUCAGGUUUGAGCAUUUAUUGCAAUAUUUCCUCAAGAUGAAAUAUAGUUACACACAUUAGUAAAAAUAUUUAUGAAUUAUGAAGAGUAGAAUAUAAAAUUAACAGGGAAUGCAGCUGGGUACAUCUGAAGUUUUGCAGCAAAUGUGAGAACAUUGUGAUUGUAAAUAUUCUUACUGGCAGAGCUUUGCUGACUUCGGCUGUCCUACCGGUAAUAGUGCUCAGUCUUCCCUGUAAUAAUUUUUUAUUCUUUAACAUUCGUUCGGAAGUUAUAAUUGUAUCUAUUAUUAAUGUAAAAUAUUUUGAUUUAUUGUAUAUUUUUAUUAUUAUGAACUUUUAAAAUGAAUUGUAUUGCUCAAAUUCAAGCCCCAUAAAAUACCAUUUGCCCUGCUUUUAAGAAGUUUGUUUUGUUUAUAGUGUAUAUAAUAGUAGGUUUAUGCAAAAUGUUGUGCACAUAGUCUGUUAAAAAGAAGAUGUCAUGCUACAUAGAUGCUGUAUAUAUAAUCCCUAUAUUUAUAAAGUGUAACAGCUGACUUUCCACAACUGUAUAACACCAAAAUGCAAUUUAAUAAACAAAAAUGUCAUUCCGA